CUCUCUAUUACUACCACGACCACGUCUCAGAUUAUUCCCUUCACUGCCUGUAUCCUAUAGAACAAUGUCACAGACACCAAGGAUAAUAUCCUCAACCGAAUUGCCAACCUCAGAAGCAAAGUGGAUCACCUUGAAGAAGUUAACCUACCAGGAUGCCACAGGGAAGGAGCGACCCUGGGAAUGUGCCCAGCGCACGACGCGCAAAUCGACCGGCAUCGAUGCUGUCGCCAUCUUUGCCCUUAUACGAUCCAAGACGAAUGCGUUUCCACUGUCGACAGUCAUUAUUGAGCAGUAUAGGCCACCGGUUGACGCGCAUGUUAUUGAGUUACCUGCAGGUCUCAUAGACGAAGGAGAGACACCAGAGUCGGCUGCUAUCCGGGAGUUACAGGAGGAGACAGGAUACAAAGCUGACAAGGUCAUUGAAUCGUCGUCUGUGGUUGUCUGCGAUCCUGGAAUGACCAAUGCUAACAUGAAGUUGGUCGUUCUGAAUGUCACCUUAGAGGAUGCCAUAGAGCAUCCUGAGGCCAACCUUGAAGCGGGCGAGUUUAUUGUCAAGCGAGUCGUUGAGUUACACAAGCUUAAUCAGGAGCUUCAAGACUACGCUACGAAGGGUUUCGUUGUCGAUGCUCGGCUGUCACAUUUUGCUGCAGGUUACGCCAUGGCAGAACGCAUCAGAGCAGGAGAGUUCAAUUAACGCAGAAAUAACUGGUUGUAUAUGUACUUGUACAAAUACUACCGACGAGCUUUUUUCGAUUUUUCGAUAUGA